AUAUACUCUCUAGCUAUAGCUUUUCUCCCAUAAUUAAAAUGGCUUUCGAAGAAAAAGAAGAAGCAAUUGUAGUUGUCAACAUGGAGAACAUACAACAACAACAACAAGAGCAUGUUUCUGAUCAUCCUAUACUCCAAGGGCAGAAACAACCUUCGUUUCGAAGAAACGAUUCUCUUGAAAUAGAAGCUCGCACCACCUCCCACGCUCGUCACUCUAAAGGGCCAUCAACUGCGAUGAUACUACAACUAGUAUUUCAAAGUCUCGGAAUAGUUUACGGAGACAUUGGAACCUCGCCGUUGUAUGUCUAUUCAAGCACUUUCACUCACGGUAUAAAGCACAAUGAUGAUAUAUUGGGAGUUCUUUCAUUAAUCUUUUAUACCCUCACUCUCAUCCCUCUUCUCAAAUAUGUCUUCUUCGUCUUAAGGGCCACUGAUAAUGGCGAUGGUGGAACAUUUGCUUUGUACUCUCUGAUAUGUCGUUACGCGAGAGUGGGAUUAAUUCCGAAUCGACAAGCAGAGGAUGCAGAUGUGUCGAAUUAUCAGCUGGAAUUGCCAAACAACCGCGAGAAGAGAGCAUCAAAGCUUAAAUCUAUGCUUGAGAAUAAUCACUCUAUGAAGCUAUUCCUCUUAUUUGCUACUAUGCUUGGCACUUCCAUGGUCAUUGGUGAUGGUGUUCUCACCCCUUGCAUCUCUGUUUUAUCAGCUGUGGGAGGGAUCAAGGAAGCUGCGAACCAAAUAACCGAAAAUCAAAUUGUUUUGAUAUCAGUAGCAAUCUUGAUUGGCCUUUUCAUGGUUCAGAGGUUUGGAACUGAUAAAGUCGGUUACAGUUUUGCUCCAAUAAUCUGUAUAUGGUUUGCAUUUAUCGGAGGUAUUGGCGUGUACAAUUUCAUCAAACAUGAUACAUCAGUCAUAAAAGCAAUAAAUCCAAAAUACAUAGUAGAUUAUUUCACUAGGAAUAAGAAAGAUGCUUGGAUUUCUCUCGGCGGUGUUGUUCUAGCUAUAACAGGAACUGAAGCACUAUUUGCAGAUGUUGGACAUUUCACGGUUCGGUCUAUACAGAUAAGUAUGUGUUCUGUGACUUACCCUGCUCUCAUUUUGGCUUAUGUUGGACAAGCUUCCUUUCUUCGCAAAAACAACGAUCUUGUCGGUGACACAUUUUACAAGUCCAUACCAGACUCUCUAUAUUGGCCAAUGUUUGUGAUUGCUGUUUUAGCAGCAAUAAUAGCUUCUCAAGCUAUGAUAUCAGGGACAUUCUCUAUAAUCCAACAAUCUCUAUCAUUAGGAUGUUUUCCUCGAGUGCGAAUUGUACAUACAUCAGCCAAAUAUGAAGGACAAGUUUAUAUCCCAGAAGUUAAUUACAUCCUCAUGAUUGCUUGUAUUGCUAUCACGGUUGGCUUCAAAAACACAACAAAAAUUGGCAAUGCCUAUGGGAUAGCAGUGGUAUUUGUGAUGACACUGACAUCGGCUUUUCUCGUACUAAUCAUGAUCAUGAUAUGGAAGACUCACAUACUUUUGAUCCUUACCUAUGUUCUCGUCAUUGGUUCAGUAGAGCUUGUUUAUUUAAGCUCAGUUUUAUACAAAUUUGAACAAGGAGGUUAUCUACCUCUUGCAUUUGCCGCGAUUCUAAUGUUCAUCAUGUAUGUUUGGAAUAAUGUGUAUCAAAGGAAAUACUAUUAUGAACUUGAUCACAAGAUUUCCCCGGAAAAGCUUAGAGAGGUUGCUUGUGACACAAGUUUAUCUCGAUUACCCGGUCUUGCAAUGUUUUACUCUGAGCUUGUUCAAGGUAUUCCACCUAUUUUCAAGCAUUAUGUUGCAAAUGUUCCUGCACUACACUCUGUCCUUGUCUUUGUUUCCAUAAAAUCCUUACCUAUUAGCAAAGUUCCAACGGAAGAAAGGUUCCUUUUUCGUCGAGUACAUCCUAAAGAACUCAAUGUAUUCCGAUGUGCUGUUAGAUAUGGAUACACCGAUGUACGCAAUGAGCAAGAGCCUUUUGAGAAGAUUUUGGUUGAGAGGUUGAAGGAGUUUAUAGUUAAGGAAUAUUAUUGUUCUCAAAAAUUGAUACAAGAUGGUAAAAAUGAUGAAAGUGAAGAUGAUAAGAUUGAUGAAAUUAGUGAUGGAGAAAGAGUACAAGAGGAAAUCGAAAAAGAGAUUGAGGUGGUUGAAAAAGCAUCAAGGGCUGGUAUUGUUCAUUUGAUUGGUGAAAAUGAGGUGAUUGCUAGUAAAGGAGCUGGCAUUGCAAAGAGGAUUUUGAUUGAUUAUGCUUACAAUUUCUUGAAGAAAAACUUGAGACAAAGUGAAAAAUUAUUUGAUAUUCCUCACAAGCAUAUGGUUAAAGUGGGAAUGACUUAUGAACUAUGAGAAUUAAAACUUUGGUCUCUAUCUCUAUGUAACUCGCUCAUAACUUUGUUGAUAAAUAAAUGUUGUUAUUACAUGUGUA